CAGAGUUGUUUGGUUGGAGUGUGAAAGACACUGUACCCGAGGAGUUAAGGUUUGCUGUGCCUGGGGUUUGCUGUGCGAUGUAAGGGAGCCCUGAACGUGCCCUCGUCGAUGGAGCUGACUACAACGCUUGUCUGACGCUUACAGAUUUGUGUGUCUCGCAGUUUGGAAUUGGCCCAUAACCUGACCUACCAUGCCUGUGAUUGUGCUGGAAGCCAAGGACUUCACCAGCCCUCUGUCUCUGGUGCGUACCUGGGCUCUUCUGUCCGGCUGCCUCACUUUCAGCCUGGUGGCCUCCCUGGAUCCCUCGGAGCUGGCCGCCUCCCUGGAUCACUCGGAGCAGGCCCUCCUCUCCACCUUCUGGAUCCUCUGCAUGUUCACCUGGUGCCUCUUCUUCAUCCUCACCCUCCUCAUCCACGUCCUCAGCGUCAUCCAGUUCCACAGCCUGAUCCCCGUCUCCUGGAAGAACCUGACCGUGACCGUGGCCGCCCUCGCCGCCCUCAUGGUCCUCAGCGCCUCGGUGAUCUUCCCCAGGAUGAUCGUGGAUCACGAGGUCGCGAGGCCACGCCCUAUGGUGGCGACGGUCGCCUCCUGUCUCACCUUCCUGGCUUACGCCUCGGAGGCCUUUCUGAUCCGGACCCAAAGCCAGGAGCAGAGAGGCUACAUGGCCAGUGCCUCCGGCCUGCUCAAGGUGCUCCAGUUUUGGGGAGGCUGUGAGAUGAUCCCCCUAUUUGUGGAGGGGGCCCGUCGAGCUUUGCUGGCCGGAGAUGGGAAAGCCAUUGCUUGGCCUUGGAGUUGGUGGCAGGUGUGGGUGUCAGGUGUGGCGUACGCCAUCUGUCUUGUCAUGUCCCUGGGCACGGUGGCGGUGGUACUCGGGGACUGGGCCGGGCGGUGCCCCGUGCCCUUCGACCGCCUGUUGGCAGGCUUCAGCCUAACUGGGGUUCUGCUCUACGUGGUCGCCACCAUUUUGUGUUUUACCCGCGUGCUGAGGCUACCGACACACUGUAAAAAAAACAUCCCCUCCUGCCCAGUGCAGGUUGUCAUGGAGACGGUAGUCGCAAGUGUGACGCUCUUGGCCUACACGGUGGACCUGGCUUUCUCUGUUAAACUGCUGCGAGACAGAAGUCACCCAUAAAAAUAUACAGCCACUCUAGAUCCACUGUACUUGGAUGGUUAUGCACAGUUGCAUACUCCCACCGUACCCAUUAUGGUCACAUCAAGUGCAUUUCUAUUAAGUAUCUCUAGAUACUCUCUAUCUACAAGGGCUAUUCAGAGUUUGUGUGGUGAAGAUUUUUUUUUGUAAGCGGAAAUCAAGAUGGAGAUCACUGAAAUUACCAAGUUAAUGCUUUUGGUGUCCAACCAUUUUUUUAUAUUCAGUGCCAUUACUAUGGAUGAACAUAAUGUACUAAUCAGUCAUUUUGUGUGUGCAUGUUAACACGUACUAUGAUGUGUAAGUUAAAAGGUAAUAUUGACUUGGGAUGUUCAUCUAUUUCAUUUAUAUAUUUUUUAAACAGUCCUUUAACGUAACGUACAUAGUGGCCACAAUCCAAGUACAGUAAACUAUGUAUUUUGUCUAAGCAUAUGUAGGCAUAUAUACAUAUGUAUAUAUGUGCAUAUUUAGGUACUUGUUUUGCUAAUUUGUAAGUUUAUUCAUCAUAACUAAAUGAGUACAAAAUAACAUUUAUGAACCAUUACAAUAAUGCCUAACUAGUAAUAGAUACGUUUAUUUAAGUAAGAUAUUGACAAAAUGAAUUGAACUGAUUGGUUAGGGUACCACUGAACCCCAUCAUGAUAGCGAGGAAAUCUCACAGCAAGUUUUGAGCUUUGGGUGACACAUUCUCACGUGAAAGUAGAUGUCUUAUUUAGGCUACUUCACCCCAAUGAUGUGACCACAUACAAACGACUCAAGGCUCAUGUAGUGUCAGUUCACAGCCUUAGCUUGUGGUUGUUAUUACUGAAAGACAAGCUGUAGAUCAAGACAAGGAAGGACGAUACAUUACUUAACUGGGAUCUGAAAUCUAACAAUGUAUUAAGUCUAAAUACAUUUUUGAAUAGUUUCAGUUGUAUUAUUGUAAAGAAAACUGCCUAUAUAAAAUCGAAAUAUUUCAAAUAAUGUACUUUCUUCAGAUUACAUUCCAGAGAUUUUGUUUGUUGAUGUGAACUAGAUCGUUGAAUUCACGUUGAGAAUGGCAACAAUUUCAAUUUUUUCUCACUAGGUGGCGACACUUACAUUGCUAAGCAAGCAAACAUUCAAAUCAGUGUUCCACUAAACUUGAAUGUAUGCUUUUUAAAAUGUAUUGGCAUUCACUUGUUAUCUCCAUGUUAUUACCCUCUGAACAAAUACAUAUAUUAUUAAAACAAGGUUAGAUCCUU